GGCGUGCUCGGCGCAACGGGAAGCGUCGGCCAGCGCUUCAUCCUCCUGCUGGCCCAACAUCCCCACUUCCAACUCACCGCCGUCGGUGCGAGCCCCAGAUCCGCGGGCAAGAAGUAUCGCGAUGCCGUCAAAUGGAAGCAGAGCAUGCCCAUGAGCAAGGCUCUCGGCGACCUGGUGGUGAAAGACUGCAAGCCCGACUCUUUUAUCGGCGAGGUCGAUGUCGUCUUCAGUGGCCUGGACAGCGACGUCGCUGGCGAAGCAGAAAUGGCCUUCCUGAAAGCCAACAUCCCCGUCUUCUCAAAUGCCAAAAACUACCGCAAAGACCCGCUGGUGCCGCUGGUUGUGCCGACUAUCAAUCUCCCUCACCUGGCCCUCAUCCCGCACCAGCGCAAGCAGUACAAUCUCGACAAAGGCUUCCUGGUCUGCAACUCCAACUGCGCCGUCAUCGGCGUCGUCAUCCCGUUCAUCGCUCUCCAGCAGGAGUUUGGCCCCAUCAAAGACGUCUCCGUCGUAACACUGCAAGCUGUCUCCGGCGGUGGCUACCCCGGCGUCCCAUCCAUGGACAUCAUCGACAACAUCGUCCCCUACAUUCCCAACGAAGAGGACAAACUCGAAAGCGAAUCGCGCAAGAUCCUGGGCGGUAUCAACGCAUCCGCCACCGGCUUCAACGAACUGAAAGACCUCCGCAUCAGCGCCACGUGCACCCGCGUGCCCGUGCUGGAUGGCCACACCGCCUGCGUUUCGCUGUCGUUCGAGCGCCGCCCGGCGCCCACGGCGGAAGAGUGCAAGCAGGCGAUGCGGGAGUAUGUUGCCGAUGCACAGAAGUUGGGCUGUCCCUCUGCGCCAGCGCAAGCGAUAGUAGUGAUGGACGAGCCGGAUCGGCCGCAACCAAGGCUAGACCGGGACACGGAGAGGGGCUACGCUGUGUCUGUGGGGAGGGUGCGGGAAGACGAGGCGGGCAUUUUCGACGUCAAAUUUGUGGCGUUGAGCCAUAACACCAUCAUCGGCGCUGCGGGAAGUAGUUUGCUCAAUGCCGAAGCCGCUGUGCUCCAGGGAUAUUUCUAG